AUGUCCGGCUCCCAAGAAUCCAGAAAAGAGCCCAUCGUCUCUCACGGCCGUGGAGGCCAGGGCAACAUCGGCGCCGACUCAACCAAGUACGUGGACGGCGAAAUCGUGCGCUCGGGGCCGACAGGCGAUCAGGGCGAUGGCGCUUAUUCUGCUGGUUAUGUAUGUAUGCAGCGCGGCGGCGCAGGAAACAUCGGCUCACCGCACAUCCGGCCCUCGACGCCGGGCACGGCGCACGACAGCGAGGUGAUUCCGGACAUUGCGAUACGGAAUAGCGUGGAUGGGGACUAUCAUACUGGCGUAUGCACACCAUCCCAGCGCGGCGGACAAGGAAAUGUCCAUCUCGACGAGAGCCAUAAGCAUGAAGGCAAGGACAAAAAGACGGGGACGCCGACGGGGUUGGCGGAUAAAUUGAAGCAGAAGAUGUUGGGCAGGAAGUAA